UUACUUGUUAAAUGAAGUAUAUAUUAUUAUAUUUUACAAUUUAAAUAUUCGGUUAUUCAGAUUUAUUAUUUUGGAAAAAAAUAUGUAUUUGCAAUUUCAAAUAAUUCUGUCUAUUGGACUAAUAUGUUCAACAUCAGCAGUGCAUAAACAAGUUAAAUAUAUUGAUGAGUGGUCAGUAAAAAAUUUAGAAAAAGCACAACAAGCAUUUUAUAAUUGCACUUCUAAUUUAAAUAUAAAUGAAUACAUAUAUAAAAAAAAAGACACAUUUGAUAAAUAUUUAGAUAAGUUGAGGGGUGAUAUGAUAACCCGUAAAAUGAAACGUCCAAUUGAAAUGAGUACCAAAAUAUUAGAAUUCUUAAGUUUAGAUCAAUCAAAUAAUUCGGAAGAGUUUGAAAAGUGUUGUACUACUUUCCACUCAAACUUGUUUGAUGUAGAACAGCCCAUGUUCGAGGAAAGUGGUGACAUGAUGAUGUUGACAUAUUUGCGAAUUGUAAAAGCAAAUAAAAUAAUGAAUGAUUGCUUACUAUAUCAUGGCCUUAUGGGACAAAAUAUAUAUGAUAGUAACGACUUAAAUAAUUAUAUGACAGAUCGUCUAUACUAUUCAUCACAAUCAGAAAGAAGUAAACAAAAAAUUAAACAUGACCAAAUUUUUCGGAAAUAUACUGUCAAGUUACUAAAUGAUGUCAUCUCUGGUACUCGUACUCCAAAUUCUAUGGUCAUCCAAUUGAUGAACUACGUACCAGACAUAAAUUACAAUCAACCUUUUGCAAAGUACUGUGUUGCUGCGUAUUACACCUAUUUGACUACUGAUAAUCCUAUUUUACAUCAAAUAUUGCAAACAGUUGAACAAUUUACUAACGAAACCAAAAAUGUUAAGUCAGAAUUUUUGCCUUAAUUCAAUAAAUAUAUAAUUCCUAUAAUUAGGAAUAUUUAAUUUACAGACAAUACAAUAUUAUAAUCAGACAAUAUUUUUAUGUAAAAAAUUACAUCUACUAGUUAUUUAUAAAAUUAUAACAAUACAUUAUUCUAAUUUUCUUUAUCGUAAUAUUAAUCGGUGGCGCAACUAUUGGAAUUGGCAACACAAUUUAAGCACCUUUGAAUUUUUGCUCUAAUUGUGCCUGUUGUUUAUAAUCAAAACCAUUAAAUUAUUUGUAAACUUAUUAUUCUUGAUAAUACAUUAUUCAAUAAAAUAUUAGUAUUUGUGACA